GUUUAGCACAACUGUCAAGGUAGUCGGUCGUAUGCUAUUCAACACCACCCGGAAAGGAAGCCCCCCAAAAAUAGAAAGUCCCAUUUGUAAAAAAAAACGACGUAUUCUCUGUGUUUUAAAGACGGAAAUUGAAACCGUGUACUUGUGUAACCACUGGUGACUUGAUAGCAGCGACAGAGACUGUUUCUCGAGAAUCACAUGUUAUAUGUGGGAGUGCGGAAAUGGUAAAUAUCGCUAACUGGCUCCACUGGUAAUUGAUGCUCGCGGUUGACACAGUGUAACGGUGUUCUGCGUGUUGGAAGGUCUUGCCCACCUCAGCCAAAAAUGACAACAAUGGCAAACAACGACAGCCACAAGGGUUGUGGCAGUCCAGCUGUGCAACAAAAAUGGAAAGAGCUGGACAGAGGAGUCAAUGAACUGAAAAGACAGAUUUCGGUAAAGAAGGAAGUUAAGUCACUGGAGCUCCUGAAUGAAAACCUUGACUACGUACAGAAGACCUGGCAAAACAAAGUGGAGCAGGACAGUGGAUUGGCCCAAUCCAAUGCUGCUGUGAAAGAGGGGUGUCUGAAGCAGGCCAACUUUAUCAUGCAAACAAAAGAGAUGAUGCUGCAGCAGAUAGUGAACAUUUUAAACCGGGCAGAGCAAAUUGUUGCAGCUCUCACUGAUGUGGAGCUGCCUGAGUGGAAGCGCAGGCAGCAGCUGGCCUGCAUUGGAGGUCCAGUCGACACCAGUCUGGACCACCUCGAGGAGUGGUUCACAGCUGUGGCAGACGUGCUAAUACAAGUAAACCAAGAGCUGCAGAAACUACAAGACCAGAGCAAGAAAUACAACAGCCCUGAUGCCUCCAGCUUCCCUGGAGAAACUGAGAACUUUACACUGUCCUUACUCACAAAACUUCUGGCAAAUGCUCUAGUGGUGGAGAAACAACCCGUCAUGUCGAGUUUACCACAAUGACCUCAGAUUCUUAAGACCGGGGUGCGGUUCACAGCAGCAGUCAGGUUCUUGGCAAAUCUCCCUGAAUUCAAGUGCCAGCUCAAAGUGAAACCUGUAUUUGACAAGGAUGUAGAAGAAACCACAACUGUUAAUGGGUUCUGUCACUUUAACUUCACCAGUGAUAACAGUAAGGUGUUGGAUGUGGACAGGCCUGAUGGAGGCUUGGUGGCAGAAUUUGCGCACAUGAGUUGUCUGAGCAUCACUGAAGAACUCCACAUCAUUAAGUUUGCUGCACUGAGUUGUAAAAUCGAGGUGGGUGUCUUCAUGCUGAGAGACAAAAUUGUGGGUACAUCAUGGGGUUUGUAAGCAGGAAGACAACACGGGACCUGUUGAAGGAAAAACCGACUGGGACCUUUCUGAUUCGAUUUAGCGAGAGCAGUAAAGAAGGAGCUGUCACUUUCAGCUUUGUUGAACACUCCAAUGGUGGUAUGUUCCUGUGCACAAAUGUGUUUGGACAAAAUUCAAAACUCUUUCAAAUUAGGGUUCUAAGGAUACAGGAUUAUUCAAGGCCAAUACUUUUAAUACUUUUGCAAAACCCUCUUAAAUAGCACUAUCCAACUAUCCAGGAUGAAAUAACACUAUAGAAUUUUCAUACUGUAACAAUAGUCAAACCAAAGCCAGAGAUGUCUUUGUUGUUAUGGCAGUUAAUGUCAUGCCUAAUAACAGAUGGACCUUUAACAAGCAGAAAUGUUGUAUUUACAUGUGUUUUAUUUUCAGUUCACAUUUGCCCAUUUGCCAUUUGUACUUAGGAAAUUUAAAGGAGCUACUUGUAAGUUUUGGUAUCGCUACAUACGUUAGCAUUACCAGUUUACUUAGCAGUCUGUCUUGCCUUGUCAUUUCAGGCAAUAGACACACCACAAACAAAUCAGUCCCAGUACAUCGAUGCACUCUUUUCAGUAUCACGUACCGACGGGAAAAUAUGUUGUUGUACUGGUCAACAAGACCAACAUUCUACAACCAUGCUUGGGGCUCUGUGAGGCUGUGCUAAUGUCAGCAUGCUAACAUGCUCACAACAACCAUGCAUUUACCAUGUACACCAUGUUAGGUUAGCUCAUUAGCAUGCUACAACUUACAAAUUAACUCUAAAUAAACAAUACAGCUGAGUUUGAUGGAAGUGUUGUACAUAUUUCACAUAUUUGAUCAUAUAUCCAUCCUUCUGGUGACUUUGGAUCACCAAAGUCAACAGGAUACAUCCUCUGGGGACCAUGUCUAUACUCAAGUUCACUGCAAUCCAUCUAAAUUGAGAUAUUCCAGUGUGGACUGACAAAUGUUGUUAUCCUUAGAGCCACGUAGCUAGCAUGGCUAAAAAUUGACACAAUUUAACAUGUGCAAAGACUGAGAAAAUAGGAGAAUUCAGGUGAAGUUUUUACAGCUCAAUUCUGUAAUUUAUUUACCAUGUUACAGUACAUUCACAUUUAUAUUAAGGAGCUUUAAAUGGUAAGAUGUGGAUUCAGUGUGUUUGUCAUAUUGUGAUGCUUGUCAUAAAUGAAAAUACAAGCCUGUUGGACUCCUGUGUACUCACUCAUUCAGCCCUCACAUGGUGUCUGAAGACCCUCUGGUGUUGUAUUAGUCAAAUUACAAUUGAUCCAUAAAGUGAUACAUCAAAUCUAAGGAUGAGCGAACUCUAAUAAAAAUAUGUGUUUAAUAUUUUGAGAAAUCUAAAUGAUUCAGUGCAGUCUAAUGAUACACAAUUAGUAAGCUAUACAUUUGACAGGUAAACUGUCAAAGAGACUUGUUGCUUUUGAGACGGCAUUUAUUUAACAGCUGAGAGUGUGGGCCAGAGCAACAGUAUAAAAUGAUACAUAUUUCAGUAGUUGCAAUGUGCUCUGCAGUACUUUGACUUUCUGAUUAAAUGUUUUCCCUGACAGUACAUGGAUUUCUAAGAAUACCUUUUGGCAUUUUCCAGGACUGAAAACUUGUGAUAUGCAGGAUUUAGUGAGGCCUAGGAUCACUAAAUGUUUUGUCCCUUUCUCUGUAUAAAUACAAUUACAGUUUCAGUAAUUAAUAAAGACAAUAUUACUUCUUUUGGCGAAUAUUUUUAUUUUAGUAAACAAAAGUAAAAAAAUAUCUACAGUACAGCAUUGUUAUUUUUACCCACAGCAGCAGUAUUUUCCUCUACAGUACACAUGAAAGGCAGAAAGAAAGCUUGUGCAAAUAAUCAACUUGAAGAACAAAAACACAAUUAUACUGCCCAACUAACACUUACACUUAUAUCUCUGUGUAAUAUAUACAUUUAAUAUAUUCAGCAGCAUCUUGACUUCCCUGUAAAUAUAGUAAUCCAUAUUUAUUUUUGUAUGUUAAUAUACAGUAUAAUGCUUAUACAUAUCAACAAUUGCUUUUAUAACAUUUUCUUUUUAUACUAAUUGACUUUGUUCUGGUUUUAUUUAAAUUUUUUUUUGUUGUUUUGUAUUGUACAAA